CCACUACUAAGAAUUGAGAUGACGAGGUAUUGAAAAAUGCAAAAACUCUGAUGGGUAACUAUACAUCACGUACUUCUUUCCCUUUGACAAAACAAGUAUGGUUGGGAUUUAGGUUCAUCGGAUUGACGGGUUAACCUAAAAAUGGGACAUUUCUUAACUGGAACUGUGAACUAUUUACAUAACGCAAUGAUAGUGAAGUGAAGUGUUGACAAUUUCCCGGAUAAUAAGUGCGCUUAGGAACUCUUAAUUAAAUAAAUUAAAUUUUUCCUGGUUUAACCAACAUUAACCAUCUUUGUUGUAUACUAUUCAUACAAUCGAUAGUUGGUGGGGGUAGUAGGUACCUACAUGUAGUUAAAAUGGGUUUACUUUUGCGAGGUUUUGUCGAAAUAAAAAAUAGCUGGAAAUAAUAAAAAAUACUGGAAAAGUGAAUUACAAUUUUUUUUUAACUGUAAAUUAUAAAAUUAAUACAGAGUGAUUAAGUUUCAAGUGCAGUUUUAACUUUUUGUUCCAUACACACUGAAAAUUAUCAGGUAAUAAAACUUCAUUCUCGAAAGUUACUUUUACGAUAUCUGUGACUUACCUAUUUUGUCAACUACAAUUUUGAUUAAAAUGUGGAAAAAUUAAAAACCUUUUGGAAGAAUAUUACUUGGGAACUGAAUUAGUAUUCCAGACGUUAUGAUGUAAAUUUGUCAAAAUGACUACUAAAGUUGAAAAACAAAUUAAUGGUAGUAAUGGUUUAAAAAGCCACCCAGGAAGUUCAAAAAGUUCUCCAGUUAAAUCUAAUGAUCACUAUUCCCAGUAUAAAGAAGAUACUUUUCAAUUUACAAUUCCUCCAGAAGCCCCAGUAUUUUAUCCUACAGAAGAAGAAUUUCAAGAUCCCCUAGCAUACAUUGCAAAAAUAAGACCAGUUGCAGAAAAUACAGGAAUAUGUAAAAUAAAACCGCCCUCACAUUGGCAGCCACCAUUUGCUGUAGAUGUAGAUAAAUUAAGAUUUACACCUCGAAUCCAAAGACUCAAUGAAUUAGAGGCAAAAACUCGCGUAAAGCUUAAUUUCCUAGACCAAAUAGCAAAAUUUUGGGAAUUACAAGGCUCCUCACUUAAAAUUCCUAUGGUAGAGAGAAGAGCUCUAGAUCUAUAUACAUUACACAGAGUAGUUCAAAUAGAAGGUGGAUUUGAAAAUGCAACUAAAGAACGAAAAUGGUCCAAAGUGUCACAAAGAAUGGGUUAUCAAGUUGGUAAAAGUAUUGGUACGAUACUUAAAACUCAUUAUGAAAGACUUCUUUUUCCAUUUGAUGUUUUCAAAGCAGGCAAAACUGUUGAUGUGAAAUUGGAGGAAAAUAAUGCUGAAGACAUAGAGAAAGCAGAUAAGGACUACAAACCUCAUGGUAUUGUUAGUCGUAUGCAAAUUAAACCACCACCUGAGAAAAAUGCAAGGAGGUCAAAAAGAUUUGAUAAUAAUGAUGAAAGUAAGACUGAAAAUUUAGCACUUAAGAUUAAGGAAGAAAAAUCAGAGGAUGAGGAAGGUGGAAAUAAAGAAUUAAGACGUCUUCAAUUUUAUGGAGCGGGACCAAAAAUGGCAGGAUAUGAUGAAAAGAAAGAUCCAAAACCACGACACAAAGCAGUAAAAUAUGACUUUGAUCCAGUAAGUUUAAAUCUAGCAAAGUAUGUCUGCCAUAAUUGUAACCGUGGCGACGCAGAAGAAUAUAUGCUUCUGUGCGAUGGGUGCGAUGACAGUUAUCAUACUUUCUGUCUGAUGCCCCCUCUCUCAGAAAUACCAAAGGGCGACUGGAGAUGUCCAAAAUGCGUAGCUGAAGAAGUAUCCAAACCGAUGGAAGCCUUUGGGUUUGAACAAGCUCAAAGGGAGUACACCCUUCAACAGUUUGGGGAAAUGGCUGAUCAGUUUAAAUCUGAGUACUUCAAUAUGCCUGUACAUAUGGUACCAACUGGAACUGUAGAACGAGAAUUCUGGCGAAUUGUUUCAUCUAUUGACGAAGACGUUACAGUCGAAUAUGGUGCAGAUUUGCACACUAUGGACCAUGGUUCUGGCUUCCCAACAAAGUCUUCUAGUAAUCUAUUUCCCGGAGAUAAGGAAUAUGCAGAAUCCAGCUGGAAUUUAAAUAAUUUACCUGUUCUGGAAGGAUCUGUACUAGGAUAUAUUAAUGCUGAUAUCUCUGGAAUGAAGGUGCCUUGGAUGUACGUGGGUAUGUGUUUUGCAACCUUCUGUUGGCACAAUGAAGAUCAUUGGAGUUAUUCUAUCAACUACUUACAUUGGGGAGAAGCCAAAACUUGGUAUGGUGUUCCGGGUAGCAAGGCAGAAACCUUUGAAUCAACAAUGAAGUCAGCAGCUCCAGAAUUAUUCCAUUCCCAACCAGAUCUUUUGCAUCAAUUAGUAACAAUCAUGAACCCAAAUAUUCUAAUGAACGCAGGAGUGCCAGUGUACAGGACAGACCAGAAUGCUGGAGAAUUCGUUAUUACUUUCCCCAGGGCUUACCAUGCAGGAUUUAACCAAGGGUAUAAUUUUGCGGAAGCCGUUAAUUUUGCCCCAGCUGAUUGGCUGCGAAUGGGUCGCGAAUGCGUUUUACAUUAUUCACAUUUGAGACGGUUCUGUGUUUUCUCUCAUGAUGAACUGGUCUGCAAAAUGGCGCUGGAUCCUGAAAAGUUGGAUCUAACUAUAGCAGCAGCUACCUAUCAAGACAUGUUGGUGAUGGUAGACACGGAGAAGAGGUUAAGAAAAACUUUAUUGGAUUGGGGUGUGACAAAUGCGGAGAGAGAAGCAUUUGAACUUCUUCCAGACGACGAAAGGCAGUGCGAAAUAUGCAAAACUACUUGUUUCUUAUCAGCCAUGACUUGCAAAUGUUCAACGGACGUAUUAGUUUGCCUAAGACAUUAUAAAAAUUUGUGUGAAUGUCCUCCUCAAAACAGGACUUUAAGGUACAGGUAUACUUUGGACGAGCUUCCUGUUAUGCUGAAAGCUUUGAAAUUAAAAGCUGAAUCUUUCGACCACUGGGUUGCAAGAGUAAAGGAUGCUUUAGAUCCAAAAACGCCAAAGACUUUAAACUUGUCCGAUUUGAGAGCUUUGUUAAGUGAAGCAGAUGGCAAGAAGUUCCCCAAAUGUGAUCUGCUUCAGACUCUCACUAGUGCCGUGGAGGACGCCGAAAAGUGUGCAAGCGUCAUCCAUCAACUGGACCUUAAUAAAAUGCGAACGCGAACAAGGAAUUCAAACGACACAAAGUACAAACUCACCGUCGAAGAACUCACUUUGUUCUGUGAGGAAAUUGACAGUCUAGCUUGCAUUUUAGAAGAGGCCAAAAGUAUUAGAGAGCUAUUACAUCAGACUAGGAAGUUUGAAGAGAAGAGUGCCGAAUUGUUAGCUUCCACUCUUGCAGGAUGCUCUAUAUUGGAGUUAGAAGCGUGUAAUUCACACGGUAGUGGAUUAUGUAUAGAACUUCCAAAUUUAAGACCCAUAGGUACCAGGUUAAAGCAGUGCCAAUGGCUCCAGAGCGUUGAAAAUUAUAAGAAUAAAACAAACGUUUUGGGUCUUGAUGAAAUCAAAAAUUUAAUCCAAGAAGGUAUCCUUCUACCACCACAUCCCGAAAUAGAAGAAGAAUUAUCAAAGUUACAAGGCAUUUUGCAGACCAGCGAGGAAUGGGAAGAGCAAGCUGCAGAAAUUUUAAAAUCUGAAGACAACAACGUGUUAAUCCAAGUAGAUAAACUACUUAAAGACGCUUCAAAAAUAUCCUGUUUUCUACCCACAGAGGGGCACUUAUUCGAUUCAAUGAAGAAAGCUAGGGAUUGGUUAAGGAUGUUGGAAGAAAUGAAUUCAGCCGAAUAUUAUCCUUAUUUCAGUGCAAUGGAAGAGUUGAUUAAAAAAGGACGUUCGUUAGCUCUUCACUUAGUGGAAGUAGACAGGAUGAACGACUAUUUAGUUCUUGCGACAGGUUGGAAGGAAAAGACUUCCAAAGCGUUCUUACGCAAAAAUUCCAGUUGCAAUUUGAUGGAAGCACUAUCGCCUCGAAUAACUAUGUCAAAUAAUACAAAGACUCAAAAGAAAGGAAAGAACGCUGAAGAGGAAAACAAUGCUAUAUCUUUGACCAACGCUAUGGACCCCGCUGCGGUGGUAGCAGUUUUCAAAGACGCUGAAGACAUGGAAAUGGCGAUGUUGAAGAAACUAAGGGCGACGAAUGUAGCAAAAAGCUUAGAUCCUAAUGAUAACUUUACUUUCUGCACUUGCGGUAGGGGCGUGCACGGCAUUAUGAUGCAAUGCGAAUUAUGCAAAGAUUGGUUUCAUUCGGCGUGCGCGCAGCUUCCGAAAGUGUCUAGCGCCAAGUUCAAAGGCAACUUCGGCACCGUGGCGCUACACAUGGGUUUUAAAGACUGCAAAUUCCUUUGUGCAACAUGUCAACGUACAAAACGUCCUCGACUGGACGUCAUUUUAGGUCUCCUGAUGUCGCUACAAAAAUUAUACGUUAGAGUACCGGAAGGGGAAGCUUUGCAGUGUCUCACUGAACGUGCCAUGAAUUGGCAGGAUAGGGCGCGGCAACUUUUACAGCAUUCCGAACUCGAAAUUGCCAAAAAUAAGUUAUCUAUGUUUAGUCAGAAAUAUAACGAAGCAGCCGCGAGACAAAGGACUGAAAAAAUUAUAUCUACCGAAUUAAAGCGCGCUUCCAAGAACCCUGAAUUGCACCAGCGGGUUCAAGAAAUCGCGCCGUACAGUGGCGUGGCUGAGGAGGGCGUUACCUGUGAUAGUGGCAUCAUUGAUUCUGAUGAUGCUUCUCGCGACUCCCGCGAAUCCGACGACAGGAUGGGCGAGCACGCUUAUUCCCUUCAUUUGCCCAAAGUCGGAGAUGGAGAAGACUACACAUUACAUUUGAAUACCGAUAUUAGACGACAACUGGAGGAACUUCUUACAGAAGGCGACCUGUUGGAGGUCUCAUUGGAUGAGACUUUCGCCCUCUGGAAGCUCUUGCAAGCGUCUCGAGACACUGAGAAAGAACCGACGCUGAUCGAUUUUGACGCUCACAUGAAAAAUACACCUAAGAAGAGAGGCCGAAAAAGGCUCUCCGAGGAAACGACAGACCUUAACAAAUCAAAAUUAUCUAAAACUAUUAAACUUGAAGGCGAAAAGAAAAUCCGUGGAAGGAAAGUUAAAAACAACAAAGAAGCUGGUAAGAAGAGAACCUACAAGAAACGCUUAGGACGAGCUCAAUCUACCGCUUCGGAUAGCGACGAUGAGGAAGACGACGAAGCCUGUGCUGCAAAUGGGUGUCAGAAACCGACUGGACAAAACGUUGACUGGGUACAGUGUGACGGCGGUUGUGAACAGUGGUUCCACAUGGCGUGUGUGGGUCUAUCCGCUGAAGAUAUCAACGAGGAUGAGGAUUACAUCUGCAUCACGUGUUCAAAAAGUACAACCUACGAAAAUUUGGACAGUCGGUCCAGCAGUCCGAGAUCGCCAGAUUCAACGCAGCCUUCCACUUCGAAAGAUAUUUCUUAGUACCCGCCACCACCAACCCCGUUAGCUUGUUUAGUAUACAUAUUGUCCGGAGAAAGGAGAGUAUUUUAGUAGAUUAUGUAUACACAGUUCAGUUGUGAUAAUUUAAUAAUAAGGAUUGUAAAAUAAUUUUAUUGUAUCACCCACCCUAUGUAUAUUUUCUUUAUUUAGAUGAUUUUUUUAUUCUCAUUUAAGUUCGUUUUCAUUGUAUAUACAAACAUUAUGUUUAAAAAAAUUGCUUACGAAUUUCGUUCCAGUGAUAAUAUGAAGAAACAACUGGCAUUUUACAGAUUGAUCGAUUGCUUUGGAUUUUUUUAAUUGCGCUUUUAUCAACUACCAACAAAUAGAAACAAUUCCGUGCCAAUUAAUGAAAAACAUGAAUAAAAUUUGAUACAAAUGAAAUUAGUGCAAAAUAUAUAUUUUAUAUGUAAUUUAAAAGCAAAACACCACCGAAGAAACGACGUUUUCAAACUAUUCGAACAUAGUUUUAGUUCUGCACUAAAACUAUUAAAUGUGACCUUACUUAAUUCAAGGAUCUUUUUACCCUAAACGUAAUAUUAUUUUGGGUUCCUUUUUGUGUCUCCCUCAAUUUUCCUGUCUGGUCUUUUCUUCCUUACGUCCAGUUUGUACGCCUUUUUUCAUUUAUUUUCUCCAAAAUGUAAUUGUAUUAUCAUAUUUUUAUUAAUUUUGUUCUUAUAUUUUCCAUUUGACACAAAAUAAGCAAUUUUUUCAAAAAAAAAAAAAAAAAAACUUAAAUAAGGAACUUACAUUAAUUGUUCCAAAAUGUAUCCAAUACGGUCCUCUCUAACUUAAAUAACGUUUUUAUUGUUGUCACUAUUCCCUUUAACGAACUUCAUGUUUUCUUGAUCUUCCAUGAUGUUCCCACAAAUCACCCAUAUCCCUAGCCCAUUGAGACAGAUUAAUGAAAGUUAUGGGACUAGGAUUGGCUCCACAAGUUCAUUGUUGUCAUAAUUUACUAUACUGAACAUUUUAAAUUUACUCUUGCAGAUAAAUACGCGACUGAAUUACAAUAACCGGUACACAAAGCGUGGUUCAUAAGAAAAAAAGAGUUUUAAAAAAAAAAUAUUUUAACAGCUUCUAUACACAGUUAAGAAAAGUAUCAACUUAAGAUUUAUCUUGUAUGUUAGCUAUAUUAUAAGCCCUUUUGUUACCAUUCAUUUUAUCUCAGAAACUAUCAUUAUCAUAUUCAUCUUCCAACAUUGAAGUUUUGAGAUCGACAACAUCAAAGACCUCUCAAGUUAAAAUUGGAUCACUAAGUAUUAAUUGUUUUAUCUAAUUAUAAAUACAAAUUAUUUGAAAAAAUAUGGACAGUAUCAAUACUAUUUCAGUUAUCUUUGGUGGUACAACUAUGAUAAUAAAAGAAUCCAAGGCAUACAUUUUGAGAUUACCCUUUACCAUCCUAGUAUUUAAAUUGCGGGAUUUUAUUUAUAAAACAUUCUACUUUAUGAAAAUUAGAAAUUUCUUCUAUCAGUAUUUCUGAGCGAGAUAUAAAAUAUUUUCCAUAUUUGUAAUAUAUUCAUUUUUUCUCAGUCCCGUCUUGGACUCCUUAAUUUAUUUUUAUUUUAUUUAAAUUUCAACUACUAAGGAAUUAUUUUUUUAAGUUUUGGUGUUCUUAGGGUACCCAGUUCAAGUGUUAAUAGCUACAUAAAAUUUUAACCAAAGCUGUCAAUUACAAUGAUGGAAAAAAAUAUCGACACCUGAUACCACUAAGUGUAUUUAUUUUUGCAACUACUGGAUACCCUAUGACCUUACAGUGUCAAUAUUAACCAAAAAACAAAUAUUUUUAACAACCUGAUUAAAUAACUAUUGUGGUAAAAUCGAGAAAUGUAUAUAUCUACUUUAUACAACCGUUAAAUGCUAAAUUUAUUUACAUUAUAUUUAAAAAAAAAUAUAUUUUUAUUUUUAAUAUUUUUUGUGUUAGUUGUUUCUUUCAUUUUAUAUAUAUAUAUUUUUUUUAACAAUUUAAAAGGCUAUUAAAUUUUUUUAGUUACUACUUUAUACAACACUUAUUCUUUUCCAAUUUAAAUGUAGCAAAAUAAAUAAGGGGAAGCUGUAAAAUGUUCCAAACUUGCUUUCUUUUGAAACAACGUGCCCCUGUCAGAGCUCGAUUUUUAGUUUACGUAGCCCAGUUGUCAUAUUACAGAGUGUACUAAAAGGUUAGAUAUUCUGGGGUCUAAAAUAGGUCAGUUGGCUUAUUGUGCCACCAUUUGGAUGCCCCACUGCUGUUCAUGCAUUCGUCCAUUCAUUCUAUUUUGAAUACAUUUCACAUAUAUUAUUUUAAUUUUAAUUAAUUGCAACCUACAUUCCAAAUUUGUUAAUUUGAACAACAUCGAAGAUAGAAUACAUCCUUGUUUGGCCUCUUUGAAGUUAAUUUUCAUCCGUUUGGCUUCCAUUAACUGUAAGCACUGCCUUCUGUCGCCCAAUGUAAGUUUUCAAACAAUUCCACUGCCAUCAACUUCGUUGUUCUUUAGUAUAUUUAUUAGUUUUGUAUUUGUUGUACUUACUCUGUCAAAUUCCUUUUUAUAGUCAAUAAAACAUGCAAAAAUGUGUUUGCACUGGUUUCUACAUAUUAUUAAAGAAUGCCACUUAGUUAAAUGUAUUUAAUUGUUGCUAAAAAUAAUUAAAAUGACUGUUUUAGAAUCCAAAUUGAAUAUUUACCAUUUUUAUGUUUCCCCGUUACUUAUUUUGCUAUUACUUUACAUCAAUUGAACCGUUUACUUUAUAAUAUUCAAAAUAUUUAGUUUUUGGUUAAUCUGAAGCUAGGUAUAUAGCUAUUUAAACGUUUUCAUUCUCAGUAAUGGUGAAUCUAAAAAUUUGUCUGAAAAACACUGUCUAAAGAAAUGAACUAAAUAAAAUUCUAUUUUGAAUGUAUUUACCACAGAAUUUGAAAAAUUAAACUGUGGAAUAUCUACUAGAAGAAUAUAUAACUAAAUCCAAGUUUUAGAUCGUAUAUAGUAAUUUUUGGACAUAUGCUCCUAUUUUCUCAUCCACUGUUAUAAUUUGUGUUUCCUGUAGACGGUUUCUUCCAAACUUGACUUUAAAAUCAUCCAACCUUCUUCUAAUUUCACUUUUGCACCCAUCUAUCUGUCAGAUUUCCACACAAUAAAAAGUAGUCAAUUUUUCCGACACAUCCAUUGUAAUUUUUUUCUUUUUAGCAAUUUGACCUUUGUCCGCCACUAAUUUUGUAACAUCCUAACUGUCUGAGACUUAGAAUUUAUAUUAUAAAGUUAUAAUAUCCCAUCUUACAAAUUUUCAAGCGCCACUUCGAUGGACUUUGUUUAAUAAGAAUCUUGCACCACUAAAAGUUUCAAAUGUAAUCCUGUUUAGUAUAAGAAUGAGUUUCAAUCAAGUUUGUCCAUAUCAAAGCAGUUUUUUGGCUACAACUCUUUAGACUAUUUAUUACCUAAUAUGUCAACACUGUGACAACUAAUUAAAAUCUUUCUGCUAGUUAUUGAAUAUGUUUAAUUAUUUUUGUAUCCCAAUUAUUAAUUGGUUUGCUUAUUUUAGCAGUUUCAUUUAAGUGUAUUCGACUUUUCCAACAAUUUCUAAGAAUGUGUUUCUAAAGACAUUUUAAGACCAAGGUGGUUUUGUGAGAAUUAUUUUGUUCGUUAUGAAGUUUUCUGCGAUUUUGAUUUUGUAUGAUUAAUAUUCAAACAGAAAGGCAAAUAUAUUUGAAAAAGAUAGGUCGGAUUUUAGUCGAAUGAUACCUAUAUUGUCUGCUUCUUCGAUUUGAGAAUAAACAUACCUUGGAGGACGAGAGAUAUGGCUUUAAAUGUGGGUGUCACUUUCGUUACCACAGGCGGUGUUAUCUCAGCAAAUUUCUAGAAAUAAAUUACAUUUUGAUUUUUGUUCAGUUUGUUUCUGAAUUAUUGUUUCUGGUUAUACAGUAAAUAUAUUAUUUACAAUAAUGAAGAAAUGCACUAUAAUGAAAUCACAUACAAUAAAUUCUUUUUAUUAAAGGUUGUAGGUUUUUUAGUUAAUUCCUUCAUUAUUUAAUUUUAUCAAUGAUGUUUGUUAUUUUUGGGUUAGUAGUCUUAAAAUAUUUUUUCUACGACCUUAACAGAUUGGUUAUCUCCGAAUCAGUAAAUAAAUCUAACAAAUGCAGUUAACAGCAUUGUGGUUUAAGAUGUUGGACAAAAUAAAAUUAAUUACCUCUCAACUAAUUGCUUUAUUUGUGUUACUCAUCGUUACGCUCAUCGUAUUUUACCGCUAUUUUGGAUAAUUUUCAAUUUAUUUUUUCGAUAUCCUUAUUUUUGUAAAUGGAUUCAAUUUUAGUCGUGUUAAAAAAUUCUUUAAAUAUGAAAAGGUCGUAGGAAAAGUGUAUUUCUCUCUUAGGCGGUUACUGCCCUUUGCUGUGCCUCACUGUCGGGAGGAAAAAUGCUCUUAUCUCCCUAAAAAUACAAAUUGCUAUUAUCUUCUCAUACAAUAAAGCUCUAAAUAUUAUAAUUAUAAAAAACAAAAAGCAGAUAAUGUGGAAUGCUAAUUCUUCUGAGAUUAUUGCAAACUAAUAAAAAAACUAUUCAAACCAAUGAAAAUUUGAAAUAUUGAUCGGGAUGUACUUAAAAUACACCCAUUUUGUAAUUUAUUAUUGAAAUAGCAUAGAUAUUAUCUGUAUUUUGCGUCAACAAAUACACAUUUUGACAUGGAUUAUAAGAUUUAGACGAGCAACUCUUUGCAUACUUACAUAAAAGAGUAUUAGCCUUUUAUUGGAUUUAUUUUUGACAAAAAUAAUCCUUUGUUUUCUGUUCGAUAUUCUUUUCAGAUAAAUAUAUAUAUUUGUAAAAUAAAAAAUGUAAUUGUAUAAGGAAAUAUUAAAUAUCGAUAAGAUAGCAGUUUAAAUAAAUUAUUUAUUUGUUCAAAUGUAAAUCCAUAAAAAGAGUUGUGGGUCAGUCUGUACAUAACAUUUUUUACUUAGAAAACUGAUUAGUCAACUUAUUUACAUUAUAAUAAUAUCCUGAAGAGCCAUCACAUCAAUCAAUGAAACCUACUUAUUAGAUAAUGUAAUUAUCGGUUUCAGUAUUUAAAUGAUUUUUUAUUUCACGUUUUGAAAAAAAAAAAAUGGUAGCCUAAUUUACAGAUUUUAUAAGAAAAUAUUUCAAAUAUAUUUUUUUUAUUUUGAAUAGAAAAAUUAGCAUUUAUGUUCAAUAAAAACCUAGAUUAUCCUUUAUUGUUUAUAGAAACAGUUUUUAUUUAAAUUUUUAACGAAAUUUUAAUAUAUUUUUUAUCAAUUUUGUAUUUUUGAUUUUAUUUUCAUACUUUUUCUUAACUACUAGGGUUAAUUACAAAGGCUGUAUGUACAUAAAUAACAUGAAGUUCAUUACAAACCAAUAGUUCCUAAAUCAGGAUUAUAAAAUAGUGCACAUUAUCUUUAAAUUUUAUAUAUAUACUCCGUUUUAAUCGCAAUUAUCUGUUAAGUAAGGCUCAGAGAGAUUGACGUUACGGUUCUCAAAAAGUACACAUUAGAAGUACAUUUUAUUUUUAUAUUUUUCUUUAUGUGUUUCAUUAAUAUACUUCAGUGUAAGACUAAAAUUCAUUUUGUUUGAAUUUUGUCAAUAAAAACGUUUGUCAUAAAUUCUACUUUUUCGCAAAAACCAUUACAACAUAACGGAGUGAAUUUUUGAGCUAUAUUAUUUGAGAACGCGCUAGAAAGAAGACCUCAGUAAUUUCUGGAAAAAAAUAAAAAAACACGUACAUGCGGGGACCAAGAAAACCUGAAUUUAUAAAUGAGACAAGUUUUUAAAUUUUAUCUCUUCCAUAUCGGCGAAAAUAAUUCAUUAAGUUCAAAACACCAUAAACAGCUGUUUACAGAGACGUCUUGAUGAAUUCUGGCAAAGGCUUUAUCUGGCAUAACAGUUUCCCCCAACAGGAAACGGUAAAGUAGCCAUUAUUAAGCCACCUUUGGUCUCUUUACUAUGUUCUUGAAUCAUUCAUAAUGACGUUAUCCUCUCUAUACCUUCUUGUUUCCUACUAUUUAGCCUGUUAAUUUCCAUAUUUUAAAUUCUUCCUUCCAUAUCUGCACUAGUUUUUAAUGUUCGAAUGUGUGUCUAUUUACUUUAAUAUACUGUUAUCUCUUGUAUACAACUAACAUCACCAAUUUUCCUCUUCCUUUCAUCCUUUAGACUGUUUUACACAUAUGUGACUUUUUUUACCGCACACUCUGAAUUCUCCCUGAAAAUUAAUUGAUAUUUUCCAAAUGACGUGAACGCAAGCUGCAGCAGUGUUCUCCAAAACAUACUGUAAACAAGUCUUCAAGCAAGUAGAUAGAACGAAUACGGCUCCUAGUGACCAACAACGAGGUGUAUUCCAAAAACGUUUUUGUAUGUUAAUAUGUCUUGUAUGCAUCUCUCGAAAAUUGUUAAUAUCCUCUGUUAAAGCGCGUACCAACUUAAAUGUAAUGUAUUGCCCGAUAUCCUUCUUCGUUUUUUAUUGAUUUAUGAUACCUCUACACUCUCGCGAGACCACCUCAGUUUUGACGAGACUAGUGUGUAUCAGCCACACUCGGAUUUCUACGUUGGGGCGCAAACAAGAUCAUACAUUACACUCUUGUGAUCUUGUCGAGAUUGUAAAGGUAGCAUUACUGGAAAACCAGACUUGUAAGUGGUGGGAGAGUGGGGUCUUAAGUCUGUUUAUGCCCAUUCUGUGUAAGUAACAGAUCGUUGUAGAUGUGAUUUAGGAUUAUUUUACGUUUUAUGAUUAAACUUUUAAGUGUUUAUUAUUUUUAUUUCAUUUUGAAG